CCACGCGCUUACGGAAUGUAGGAGUCGUCCCCAAGAAACAAUGCCAAAAUAAGCCAGAGGAAGUUGAAUAACGCGGCCAUAUUUAGUUGAGAAAAAUCCGAUCAGCCAUAUGUAGGAAGGAAUCAAGUCGUCAAUGCGCCAUAUUUUCUUCCAAUUUUCAACCUCCGCUCGCCCAUCAACUUAAACCCAGAAACAAUUCCACUAUUCCGUCCUGAAAUCGCAAUAAACGGGACGUCGGGGCCGUAGAUUCUCUCCCGUCCGGCGAGGAUUGGACGAUUUGCCGAAGAUAUGGUCGGAUGGAAGGGAUCUGGAUCGGGAAGCCAUGGAUCACCUAACGUAGAGCACAUUCCUUCUUCGCGGGCCGUGCGGCUCGGCAAGGUUCAGCCACAAGCUCCCGGCCACCGGACGGUGUUUUGCAAUGAUCGUGAAGCCAAUGCUCUCGCCAAGUACAAGGUGAACUCUGUGUCAACUACAAAGUACGAUGUGCUUACAUUCUUACCAAAAGGUUUAUUUGAACAGUUCAGGCGGGUGGCUAACCUCUACUUCCUUAUGAUAUCAAUUCUUUCAUGCACUCCAAUCAGUCCUGUGAGUCCUAUUACAAAUGUUGUUCCUUUGAGUUUGGUGCUUCUUGUUUCUCUCAUAAAGGAGGCAUGGGAAGACUGGAAACGUUUUCAAAAUGACAUGUCAAUUAAUAAUACUCCUGUAGACGUAUUGCAAGAUAAGAAAUGGACGAGUCUUCCUUGGAAGAAGCUGCAGGUUGGGGACAUCGUGAGAAUUAAACAAGAUGAAUUUUUUCCAGCGGACAUAUCAUUUCUUGCCAGCACAAAUCCUGACGGGAUCUGCUACAUUGAGACAUCUAACUUAGAUGGUGAAACCAAUUUAAAGAUCAGAAAAGCUUUGGAGAAAACUUGGGACUAUUCGACUCCUGAGAAGGUUGCUGAAUUUCAAGGUGAAAUACAAUGUGAGGAGCCAAACAAUUCUUUGUACACAUUUACUGGCAAUUUGAUAGUCCAAAAGCAAACUCUGCCUCUUAGCCCUAAUCAACUUCUUUUGAGGGGUUGCAGUUUGAGAAACACCGAAUACAUUGUUGGGGUGGUUGUUUUUACUGGCCAUGAAACGAAGGUUAUGAUGAAUGCAAUGAAAAUUCCGUCUAAAAGAAGCACUUUAGAGAAGAAACUUGACAAACUUAUUCUCACUCUCUUUAGUGUUCUCUUUUGCAUGUGUGUCUUGGGAGCCAUUGGAAGUGGGGUAUUCAUAGACGACAAGUAUUUUUACUUGCGAUUUGAGACUGGCAAGAAUGCAGACGUACAAUUCAACCCUAACAAUAGAUUUGCGGUUGCUGCUUUGACUAUGUUCACCUUAAUUACUUUGUAUUCACCGAUUAUUCCCAUCUCUUUAUAUGUUUCUGUUGAGAUGAUUAAGUUUAUUCAAUCCACUCAAUUCAUCAACAAUGACUUGUGCAUGUACCACCCUGAGAGUAACACCCCUGCACAAGCAAGGACUUCUAAUUUGAACGAGGAGCUUGGUCAGGUAGAGUACAUAUUUUCUGACAAAACUGGGACUCUUACUCGAAACUUAAUGGAGUUCUUCAAAUGUUCAAUUGGAGGAGAGAUUUAUGGCACUGGUGUCACUGAAAUUGAAAUGGGCAUAGCACAAAGAAAUGGGACUUCAGUGCAGGUUCAGCAAUCACAGAAUCCUGCACGCGAGAAAGGCUUCAACUUUGAUGAUGCUCGGCUAAUGCGAGGUGCCUGGAGGAAUGAAUCUAAUCCUGAUGCAUGCAAGGAAUUCUUCAGAUGCCUUGCAAUAUGUCAUACUGUACUUCCAGAAGGAGAGGAUACCCCUGAAAAAAUUCGAUAUCAAGCAGCAUCACCUGAUGAGGCUGCUUUGGUCGUGGCUGCAAAGAAUUUUGGAUUCUUUUUUUGCAAGCGUACACCUACUAUGAUAUAUGUGCGCGAGUCUCAUGUUGAAAAGAUGGGAAAUAUUCAAGAUGUUCCAUAUGAAAUCCUGAAUGUGCUUGAAUUUAAUAGUACGAGGAAACGCCAGUCUGUCGUAUGCCGAUUCCCUGAUGGCAGGCUUGUAUUGUACUGUAAGGGUGCUGACACUGUAAUUUAUGAAAGGCUGGCCAGUGGAGAUAAUGAUUUGAAAAAAAGAACCAGGGAGCAUUUGGAGCACUUUGGAGCUGCUGGAUUACGCACACUUUGCUUAGCUUACAAAGUCUUAAAUCCGGAUGCAUAUGAAAAUUGGAAUGAUAGAUAUAUUCAAGCAAAAUCAUCUCUGCGAGACCGUGAAAAGAAAUUGGAUGAGGUGGCAGAACUCAUUGAGAAGGAUUUAGUUUUGAUUGGUUGCACUGCUAUAGAAGAUAAGCUUCAGGAAGGAGUGCCUGCAUGCAUAGAGACACUUUCUAGGGCUGGAAUCAAAAUUUGGGUGCUUACUGGGGACAAAAUGGAAACUGCAAUAAAUAUUGCUUAUGCGUGCAAUUUGAUCAACAAUGACAUGAAGCAAUUUAUUAUCAGUUCAGAAACUAAUGCGAUCAGAGAAGUGGAAGAUAAAGGUGACCAAGUGGAGAUUGCUCGUUUUAUGAAAGAUGCGGUAAAGAAUGAUCUUCAGAGGUGCUAUGAGGAAGCCCAAGAGUAUCUUCAUUCUGAAGCUAGGCCGAAGUUAGCACUUGUCAUUGAUGGGAAGUGUCUAAUGUAUGCAUUAGACCCAAGUUUGCGUGUUAUGCUGUUGAACUUGAGCUUGAAUUGUAGUGCAGUGGUUUGCUGCAGAGUUUCUCCUUUACAGAAGGCACAGGUGACUAGCUUGGUUAGGAAGGGAGCUAAGAGAAUAACACUUAGUAUCGGGGAUGGUGCUAAUGAUGUAAGCAUGAUCCAAGCUGCUCAUGUUGGUGUUGGAAUAAGUGGGCAGGAAGGAAUGCAGGCGGUGAUGGCUAGUGAUUUUGCAAUUGCUCAGUUUCGCUUUCUCACAGAUUUGCUUCUUGUCCAUGGACGGUGGUCGUAUAUGAGAAUCUGCAAGGUUGUGACAUAUUUCUUCUACAAAAAUUUGACAUUUACUUUGACGCAAUUUUGGUUCACCUUCCGCACUGGAUUUUCUGGUCAAAGAUUCUACGAUGAUUGGUUCCAGUCCCUUUACAAUGUUAUCUUCACAGCGCUUCCUGUGAUUGUUCUUGGACUUUUCGAAAAGGAUGUCAGUGCAUUCCUCUCGAAGAAAUAUCCUGAGUUAUACAAGGAAGGCAUAAGAAACUCAUUCUUCAAAUGGCGAGUGGUUGCUGUCUGGGCACUCUUUGCCAUCUAUCAGUCACUAGUGUUGUACUAUUGUGUGACUGCUUCAACUACCAAAGGCAUGAAUUCAUCUGGCAAGAUGUUUGGCCUUUGGGAUGUGAGUACACUGGCCUUCACUUGUGUCGUGGUAACUGUCAAUCUGCGUCUUCUUAUGAUGUGCAACACAAUCACCAAGUGGCAUCAAAUUAGUGUUGGAGGAAGCAUAUUAUUAUGGUUCAUAUUUAUCUUUAUUUACUCUGGCGUUGUAUUGCCGAAAGAUCAGAAGAACAUCUAUUUUGUCAUCUAUGUUUUGAUGAGCACACUUUAUUUUUAUGUUGCACUGAUUCUAGUGCCAGUUGCUGCACUCUUUGGGGACUUCUUAUAUCAGGGGGCCCAGAGAUGGUUCUUUCCAUAUGAUUACCAGAUUGUUCAAGAAAUCCACAUGCAUGAGGUUGACAGCUCAGGGGUAGGGCUGUUAGAGAUCAGAAACGAGCUUACACCAGAACAAGAAAGGAGCUAUGCCAUGAUGCAUCUCCCAGGACAGAAAUCAAAGCACACCGGUUUUGCCUUUGACUCACCCGGGUAUGAAUCCUUUUUUGCUUCCCAGGCCGGCGUGUUUGCGCCUCAUAAAGCAUGGGAUGUUGCUCGCAGAGCAAGUAUGAGGUCUCGCCCAAAGACGCCUCGGAACACUUGACUGACUUUUGCUCACUGUAUGAUUCUUUAUACACCCCCUCUUUCUGUUGUCUUUGCCAUUCGUUUGGUUAAGUGGGAGAUAAGCAAGUACUACCUCCCUCACAAUGUGUUUUUAUAGUUUCACUUUUUUCAGUAAAGUUGGGUAACUUUGAUCAUAAAUUAAAUAAGAAUUGCAUAUGAAAAAAUUGAUUUCAUAAGAUCUAUUUUUUCAAAUAACUUUCGAAAUGUAAUUUCACUGUUAAUAUGUAAUGCAAUUUUUAUUUAAUUGAUGAUUAAAGUUCGUCCAAUUUGACUGGAAAAAAAUGAAACUAGACGAAUACACGAAGAAUAGAAUGUACAAAAAUGAAGAAUGUUUGCCAUUUGGUGAGAAAUGAAGAAUAUCCUCCCAGUUUCUACCUAUUCCAUCUAAAUUUCUCUCUUGCCAAACGACACGUUGGAACUACCCUAUUUCACCCCCAAUCUCUUUUUCGCUCAUUUUUCUAUUCUCUUUUUCUUCCCAACCAAACAAAUGAAGGGUGUCCGAGAUCCUAAAUUAGCCGUGUAAUCGUGUUUGUAGUAAGUAUACUUUUGUCUUUGAUUCAUUUACAUGUCUUCUUUGCUUCCCUUUAGUUUUGUAUUUGUUAGAUUAUAGAUAUAUUGGGAUAGCAAUGGAGAUUGUAUAUUAAUUAGAGUGACAUUGUGAAUUUAUCUAUGCUUAUCAGCUUGUGCUUUGGUAUGUAGAAAAGUUGACAUGGGUCAAACUCUAUGGAGAUUUUGUAUGGUUUAUAUAUAUUUUAGUGGUGAAAUAUAGUGAUUUUUCUUAA